AGGAGAGUAUGUGUGAGACUUUAAAACCCCAACAACCAAAUACCGGGUAUAUAGUAGAACAGAGACGGUAGAGUGUUUCUAGCUCACAUCAACGAACACGGAAGCAGUAAUCGGAAACGGGCCACAGGAGACGAGCAACGUCUGGAUUAUCAUAAGAGGGGAGGUGGGGUAUGAGGACUAUGGAAUGGGCGGCGAGAGGAGAUCACCUGGGCGGAAUACCCCGGAAGAUGAUGUUCAUGUCGGUGGGAGCAUUCGCAAAAGCUGUGGCCAAUCUUCUCAAUACCACCACGGUCUACAACCUCGAAACCCUCCUCCGCCUUGUCCGGCACCGCCCACCGGGUGUCCCUCUUCUCACUGUCAGCAAUCAUAUGUCCACGUCAGUCACUCUCUCAAGUUGGAUGACCCAGUAAUGUGGGGGCUCAAGGAUUUUCCGGUAACUGAUGCAGAAUCCGGGAGAUGGGUACUUGCAGCUGAAGACAUAUGCUUCAAAAAUCCGGUGCUGUCAUAUCUUUUCAGGCUUGGGAAAUGUAUUCCUAUAACAAGGGGAGGUGGAAUCUAUCAGGAGCACAUGAAUGAAGCCCUUGACCGCUUGAUCGAUGGAGCUUGGUUGCAUACAUUUCCAGAGGGGAAAGUGUGUCAAGAAGAUGCACCUAUACGACGGUUGAAAUGGGGGACUGCCAGUCUCAUAGUUCGUGCCCCUGUGACUCCAAUAGUUCUGCCAAUAGUUCAUCAUGGUUUUGAAAAGGUUAUGCCCGAGAACUAUAUGUUUGGUAGAAGACCUCCUAUUCCAUUGUGUAACAAAGAUAUAAACAUAGUGAUUGGUGAGCCAAUCAUAUUUGAUGUCCCUAAACUGAAGCACAAAGCUCUAGAAAUGUCGAGGGAUGUACCGUUUUCUCAUGCUGGAUGGCCUAAGACCAUCUGCGGCCUAGACGAGGCAGCACAAAGAUCUCUUUACACCACUAUAUCGGAGCAGAUACGAGGAGUCAUGGAGAGGUUGCGCGGUGUCAGUAAAUCAUUUUUUAAGACAAACUGAAUCUUUAAGAUUUCAGAAUUACUAGGCAUAUUAACAGGUUUGAAGUUCAGAAGCCUGUUGUUUGAAUGGGGGCGUUGCAUAAGUUUGAGUUAGAGAUUUCCCCAUAGCUAAGAGGCCCAACCUUUCCAUUUUUGUCAGCCCCUAGAGAUUCGAAGCUAUUCUUUUCCUGAUUAAUGGUAUAGACAUUGAGCAUUGUGGUGUUCAAUGGAGCUCGUUUCAGGCGACAUUAUUCGCUAGAGAUCCCAUGUUGUCCACCACUAUUCUGUAAGCCAUGUCUUGUGGACAAAAUAAUAUUUACUUUCCUUCAUGAUC